UGCGCAGGGUGAGUGAUAGUAGUGUACAGCUGGGAGGCAGGCAGGUCGGCACGGGCAUGAGUGCCCAGGAGCCCUGCUGCACCCUGGCCGCCCCUGAGGAGGACUGCGAGGACUCCUCGGGCAGCGAGACUGAACCUGCCCCCGCCUUCCGCCGCCAGCUGUCCACCAAAGAGGCCUCCAAGGGUGCCGUGGCGUGCACCCUUGAGGGCUUCCUCCUGAAGCAGACGUGCAGCUUCCAGCGGUGGCGCCGCCGGUACUUCAGGUUGCGGGGCCGCAAGCUGUACUACGCCAAGCAAGCCAAGGCAGCCAUUUUUGAUGAAAUUGACCUGCGGGAUGCGAGCGUCGCCGAGUGCAGCGUCAGGGGAUCCGAUUACCUUGGCUUUCAGGUAAUUACAGCGAAUCGGAGUCUGGUGCUGUGCGCUGACUCGCGCUCAGACAUGGAGGAAUGGAUGGCUGCCCUGCGGGCAGCGGCUGCUGGGGAGCCCGAGAUAGUCACGGUGCCAGGAUCUGGUCGGCCGAGGGCUAUGUCCACCUCCGCCCAGGCGGAGGUGCUCUCGGGAAAUCACCACUGGUACGCCAGCUCGCACGCCAGACCCACAUACUGCAACGUCUGCAGAGAAGCACUCUCUGGAGUUACAUCGCACGGAUUGUCAUGCGAGGUUUGCAAAAUGAAGGUGCACAAGAGGUGCGCGUGCAAAACGCUCAACAACUGCAAGUGGACCACACUGGCCAGCAUAGGACACGAAAUCAUCGAGGACAAUGACGGGAACAUCACGAUGCCCCACCAGUGGAUGGAAGGAAAUCUGCCAGUGUCAGCCAAAUGCAGCGUAUGCGACAAAACGUGCGGCUCGGUGCUGCGGCUGCAGGACUGGCGCUGCCUGUGGUGCACGGGCAGCGUGCACACGGCCUGCCGUCCGCAGCACUCCGUGCAGUGCAACCUGGGGCCGGCAAAGGUCAGCGUGGUGCCGCCCACGGCCCUUCACUCGCACGGCUCCGAGGAGUGCUGGGACGUGGGCCACGGGCCCAAACUGUCAUCGCCGCUGCUCGUCUUUGUUAACUCGAGGUCAGGCGACAACCAGGGGCUCCGCUUCUUGCGCCGCUUCAGGCAACUUCUCAAUCCGGCGCAGGUGUUCGACCUUGUCAGCGGAGGACCUGCCCUAGGGCUCAAACUUUUCCACCAUUUGAAACCAUUCCGUGUUCUGGUGUGCGGAGGCGACGGUUCCGUCGGUUGGGUCCUGACCGAGAUUGAUCGCCUCGGAUUGCACAAGCACUGUCGAGUGGGAGUGCUGCCGUUGGGGACGGGCAACGACCUCGCCCGUGUGCUCGGAUGGGGCUCGGCGUGCGACCACGACGCGAACCUGCCCCACCUGCUGGAGCGCUACGAACAAGCCACCACCAAGAUGCUGGACAGGUGGAGCGUUUUGUGCCUUGAAAGAGAAGUGAUGCAGCCUGGCCAAAGCAAUAAAAGUGGCAAUCCAGAGGAGACUGUGGUGCCUGAUCUGGGCAGCAGCAGCUCAGUCGUCGAGUCGGCCACCAUCGAGUGCGACGAGGAUGACGAGGAGGAUGAGGAAGAGGUCAGCGGAGUCGGCGAAAUCCCCUUUGUGGACAUGCCGGGACCCAGCUUGGAAGAAGAAUUGGAGGAGGACGCGAUCGCAGCUGCAAAUUUCCACAUCUACAGGCUGUUGUGCGAAAGAGCCGAGAGAUUUUUGACGCUCGCCGAAAACGAAGAAGGAGAGGAGCUGACUGUAAAAGUGGUCGCACUGAAGGAAAGUCUGACCGCCCUGAAGGGCGCCCUGAACGACCACGAAGACGCCAUCAAGGCUGACAACAGCCGGCCCGAGGGCAAAACGUUCCCGCAUCGCCGAACAAGCUGCCGAAGAAAGGUGUGGUUCAAGGUGGUGUCCAAGGCGGAUAGUCUGGAGACUGCCUUGUCCGAGGCGAGCAACCUGAUUGAGCUCAAGCAGCCGCCUGAACCUGAGGACGAAGACGAGGACGAUGUUAGGCCCGAUGAGCCCAAGCUGCCUGUCAUUUCCGCAAAGAUGAUCGACCCCGCGACCACCACCACCCAGUUCCUGCCGCCCUCCUCCUACCUGGGACCCACACUGACCACCAACUUCCCCCUGCUAGUCACCCCCAUCCACUCCCGACCCGCGUCUCCAUUCCAAGGCCUGCGCAUUCCGUCGCCGCUGGAAUGCCUUCGUCCGCCGUCGCCCGCCUCCUUCGAAGGUUUCCGCCCCCACUCUCCAGGGUCAAUCGGUUCCGACCAGUGGAUCGCGCCCCCUCCGAGCAUGUUCGCCGACGGGCUGUUGCCCCCUACCUCGGAGGCGGGCUCGCCUCCCUGCAGUGCGCCCCCGAUCGAGGUCAGCUCACCCCCUCCCACCGCCGGCAGCAGCAUUGGAGGCGUCGAGGUGCCCUGCGUGGUGGUCAGCGCCCCCUCGCCUGAACACGACGCCCCCUCACCCCUACCGUCUCCGGAUGAGAAUCUGCUGUUUGACCCCUUCUUCCUGUCCGAGUACCGCAGGUCCAGUCACGACGGCACCUAUGGUCGCAGGAGCAACGCCACCAGGAGGAUCAGCAGUGGUUGUUUAUUUGGUGAUCUGCAGGCGCCCAACUCGCCUGCUCCUCACGCCAGGUCACCCUCUCCCCGGCACAGCAUAUUCAGCGCACAUCCCAGAGGAAGUAUUUUUUCGCCAAGAGGGAGCGUUGCAGAACAACUCGAAGCGAAUCGAAAGCUGCCCAUCAUUAAUCCGCUGGUUCGCUCGCCGGCCUGGCCCAACGUAAACGGAGGAAACUCUGGAGGCCUUGGCUUCAUCAGCCAAGCCCUGCUGGCCAAUGCGGACACCCUGUGUGCCGCUGUCUCGCCCCUGAUGGACCACGAUGACAGUCUGCUGCAAGGAUUUUACGAGCGCUGCGUCAUGAACAACUACUUUGGUAUCGGCAUCGACGCCAAGAUCUCGCUUGCUUUCCACCAAAAACGAGAAGAACACCCUGAGCAGUGCAGAUCCCGGGCCAGAAACUACAUGUGGUACGGCGUCCUGGGCUCGAGGGAGGCUUUGAAACGCUCGUGCAGGAGACUGGAGCAGCGGCUUACUCUGGAAUGCGACGGCCAGAGGAUUCCCUUGCCCUCACUUCAAGGCAUCGUGGUGCUCAAUAUUCCCAGCUUCAUGGGCGGAACCAACUUCUGGGGUGGCUCUAAAAGCGACGAAUGCUUCCUAGCGCCCAGCUUUGACGACCGGGUUCUCGAAGUGGUUGCAGUCUUUGGUUCCGUGCAGAUGGCAGCUUCUCGGAUUUUGAGCGCUCAGAGCCACAGGAUCGCCCAGUGCUCAUCUGUUCAAAUUUCAAUCAUUGGUGACGAGGGAGUUCCAGUGCAGGUUGACGGUGAGGCCUGGGUGCAGCCGCCAGGCAUAAUUCGGAUUAUACACAAGAACCGAAUGCAGAUGCUGUGUCGAAACCGCGCACUGGAAAAUUCUCUGCGCUCAUGGGAAGAAAAGCAGCGGCAACAGCAGCAAGACAAGCCACUGGUGGCAGAUCAAAAGUGCGGCUCCAUCCACAACAUAUCAGAUGACGAGCGCCUAGCCUUAAUCAGAUUCAUGGAGGCGGCCACUUCCCUCAUUAAGUGCGUCAAGUUGCUCUUCAUCGCGAACCACUCACUGCCCGACUCGCUGUACACGACUGCAGAAAAAGCCAACAUCAAACUGGAGGCCCUCCACCCAGGCGGAAAAAUGGUCGAGUCUUCCGAACUGCCCGAAAUGAUUCUGCACAUGGUGGCCGCCUGCAGGGAACUGCAAGACGAGGCGUGUCAAAUCGUGUCGGAUCUAUCCAAGGGGGAUGACGAGCUCACCCCCAAGCUGAGCGCAGCCCUGCUGGCCAUGGCUUCGCAAUUGCAAAACUGCCACACCGAUCCGAGCUCUGGGCAAAUCUCAUUCCUCACUGAUGAACAGGGCAAAAGUAGAUCAUCCCCGCUUCCCGGUCUUGGCUGGUUCAAGCUGAAAAAUCUAAGGAGGGGAUCAAGCACAGAGGAAGCGAGUGGCAAGAGUCCUCGAGUCGGCAGAGCCGCUGUUGAGGCCUGGGGCGCUCAGGAGGUUGCCACCUGGCUGACCGCUCUCGGACUCAAUGAAUACAGAGACAACUUCACCCAGAACGACAUCCAGGGCAGGGAGUUGUUGUCCCUGGGGCGGCGAGACUUGCGCGAGCUGGGCGUCGAGAAGCUUGGCCACGUCAAACGAAUACUGCAAGGAAUCAAGGAUCUUCAAGCAUCAUAAUCUAGUCAAACAUCGAAAACUGAUCAUCGAAUUCUAGAAUUCUGCGUCACAUUAUUAGAUCCAGUAGAAAAGGGGUCAGCGCUGGCCUUCUUGAGUACAAAAUGCAUGCUUAGAUCAUCCUUUGCAUUAACAGCACACAUUUCACUUUGAAGGCAUUUUCUCUAAUACAUCGCCUCAUCUACUGCACAAAGUGGAGCACACACAUAGAAAAGGAAAGCAUUUUUCAAACUACUGCCUGUGACAAAUCAAUCAUUUUUUUUAGAUUAUCAGUAUAAUUUUUGCUGUCUUCAAUGUACAUCGAUGUUGUGAUUAUACAUUGUAUUGCGACACAUACAUGCACAUAUAACUUGCGAAAAGUACCGAACGACGCGCUUCAUUGGCAUUAUAUUAUCAUUGAUUACUCCUGAGAAGACUGCGAAACUUAUUUGUAUGGGUAUCGAAACACAAAUUCUUCCUGAAAACUUACUGUUACCUUGGAUGUCGGUAAGAGUUACAUAUAACGAGAACGGAUUUUUUCUUUUCAAGGAAGCCCCUUUCAUUCAGUGUCAACUGUGAUAAAAAUUGUUCACCCUUUUAAUUAUCCACAGAGCGGCGGAUCAUUUCCUGUCCAAAGUCGGUAAUAAUCUAUUUUCUCCUUUAGAAUAGAAACCAGAGGACAGUCUAUGCAAUCGUGUAGUGCCAAUUAGAGCAAGCGUAAGGACUAAAAUGAUCCACUGCCUGGGAGCAGCAGACCAGCAAUACAUUUUCUUACACAAAUAAUCCAAACCCAGUGAUCCAAUGACCUUUUGAACAAACGUGAGUGUUAUCAACCGCAAUAUUCGAUGUACCCUUGUAUUAGGAAGACGCUAGGAGUCUGGAAGUACGUUUUGAUUUUUAAAAAAGGCGGAUUCAGCAUCCACUUUUAUGAUUGCGUUCUCUGUGUAUUCACACGACGAUCUUUGUUCCCAAAGAGAAUAUAUUCUCGGUGCACAAACAAACGGCAGUAUUAUCUUCAUAGCACAAAGUAUUUUAAUCUCUUUCUCUUGCAAAUAUUGCAGCUCUCUUGGAGUAGGAGUAGUCGAAUUUUUCUCAAGAAACGAAAAACCUCUUUCACACAUUCCACAAAUUAUUACAUUAUACUAACAAGAAAAUAAUAUGACAUUAUUAGUUAGCAUGACAUUUUUCUUAACGUAGGAGAGGCCUAUUCUGCAAACAAGUAAUAUUUAUGAUGCUGUAAUCAAUUAAGGCCUACUUGUUUAUUCUGGUUACCGUUGGGUUUCAUUGAUUACCGCCUAAUAUUUACGACUUAAAUAAGAAUGAAAAUAAUUCAUUGUAAGAGAUGAAGUUCUUGACCACAAUACGCUUAUCUACUGUCCCGUUACGAUGAAAGCCUGUGCUGUAAGCCUCUAAAUAUUUACUUAAGGUUAAUAAUAAAUAAAUAAAUAAAUAUAUCCUCGGUGUUCCUAAGUGUUGUGUAGCGGUUAGCGAGUAGAUAUUUUUUGAAGUUAAAUAAGAACCUCCAGACUAACUCUCGACUUUCUCUGCUUCAAUUGAGACUUAGAACAUAGGUUUAAUUGUUAGACUGAUUGGACGUGUUGGAGAAUUUAUAAUGGAAAUACACUAAUCUCUACUUUCAAACGCAAUUUGAUAAAAAGGAGUAAAAUCUAUUAGUCUUGAACGACGAAGUUUUGAGAAAGCACUUUAUUAAAUCGUAGACUGCGCGCCCGACUAAAACCAACCGUGUUUAGAGGACUAUUUGCAAUGCAUAGAGUUGUGCACUUAAGUCACCAAAAACAAUCUCGGCUUUGCAUGCAAUUUUUAAGGGUUCAAUCCAUUUCCCAUUAUACAAUUCUGCACAUUUGAAAAUCUGCUUAGAUAUGACAGAACACGUUAGACUCCCUUUAAACGAAUAACCUUCAAUAGAGAACUGAUAGUUGAAGCAAAAUAAUGUCUCUCUCCCAAUUACCUAUCUCUUUUUUUUCUCUGAUUAAGAAAGAGAAAAGUCGAACGCGCGUUCAAGAUCAAGUUGCUGUUGUCUUUCGCGCGAGGAGAAUGUACUUUGGCCCAAUUUGAUAAUUUUCUACUUUUUCUAUGACACACGCGCAUGAGUAAUGAAGUCUUGACUGUAGAGGAUAACAAAAACGAACCUUUGUUGAUGUGUGCAAUGCGAAAAUUAAUUGCCUUCCUUCCACCACAAAUCUUGUGUGAGAAUUCUGUGUACUGCCUAUAAUGCACGUGAAAUUUAGCGUAACGAGUAACUUUUGUGAUGUCACUGAAAUCUGAGAGAAACGAUCUGGCACCUUACAUUUACUGUGAACAUGAUAUCACCGAACGUGUAAAAUGUCCUGAAGUGUUCUUAUACUUGGUGAAAUCAACUUUCAGCAAGCUCCCUUCAACUCUCCUCUUUCAAUCUCUCUCUUCCGAUUUGCAUUUAAAUCGUAAAAGCUAUAUACAGCUCUGUUUUCCUCUUCGACGAGUCUAAUUUUUUGGAAAGAAUACAAAUAAUGCGUUUGAUUAACAAUAAAAAUGUUUUCCAUAUCAUAAUUUCUACAAUAUGUGAUAUAAUGACGAAAUAAAAAUAGCGCUGCCGGAAGGGCAGGUUCUACGCGACGAUUUUACUAAAAUAAAAGUGAGGACCUCUCUCUAGCUCUUCCCCAGCGAACAAAGAUCUUAUUUGAGGAAAAACUGCGAUACAAAUGUUCUUUGUCUGUAUAAAUCGAAAAUGUGCGCGGACGCGCCUUUCCAAACUACUGUAUUGGACACACAAACUACAUAACGUACUUCUUGUUGUUGCAGUUUUGCAAAAUAAAGUGCAACACUUGUUCCUCUGA